GCGCACAUCACGCCAUCAUUAUCCAACUGCUGUAAAAGCCGGUAGUAGAGGAGAACGUAGCUCAGAUUAAGGUAGAAAGGUUUUAUUAUUUUGCGUUAAUUUCAAGCGCUUGCUCACUUCUUCUUCUUUGUUUCAUACGCGUGCCGUUCCAGGAAACGGUGAGCUAAAGCGUCACCCAUGCUUCGGUUACAAUCUAACGCGUACGGAUCGGUUUGAUAUCAAUUCUGAUCAUAAUGGUGGCGGGAGAGUUGCUCCAAGAGCAGCACGAUCUGCCCGACAGUGCACCUGACGGGAGUGUCGCUGUCCGCGAGACGCCGGUUGGGGGAAACACGGAGGACAGUGGCUACAAAGUGCUUUCCAAUGAAUCCUUUCAUUUAACUGUAGAUCCGAAGGUGCUGGAGCAAGAGCUUCCACCUCCGGAUGAGAAAGAAGCUAUGCUGCCCGGCGAACAGAACAAACCUCUGGAAACCAGACUGUAUUGGAGGAGGUUCGCGGUAUUGGCGGUGUUCAGCCUCUAUUCGCUCGUCAACGCCUUUCAGUGGAUCCAGUACAGCAUCAUCGCCAACAUAUUCAUGGACUAUUAUAAUGUGUCAAACCUGAUGAUUGACUGGCUCUCCGUGGUUUAUAUGGUCGCGUACGUACCUUUGAUCUUCCCCGCUACGUGGCUGUUGGAUAAGAAAGGCUUGAAGAUGACAGUGUUGCUGGGCGCCGGGCUGAACGCUGUGGGCGCGUGGUUGAAAUGUGCCAGUGUGGGGCCCAACCUUUUCUGGGUUACCAUGACGGCACAGAUCAUAUGUUCGGUAGCACAGGUGUUCAUUCUCGGUCUGCCCUCCAGACUCGCGUCCGUUUGGUUCGGGCCCAGUGAAGUUUCCACGGCGUGCGCCACAGCUGUGCUGGGCAAUCAGCUCGGUGUAGCCAUUGGAUUCUUGUUGCCACCUGUCCUGGUUCCCAAUACUGCAGACGACAAAGAGCUCAUGGGCCACAACAUCAGUAUAAUGUUUUAUGGGACAGCCGGAGUUUCAACUCUUCUGUUCUUUUUAACAGCAUUUGUCAUAAGGGACAGACCUCCACUGCCACCCAGCAAGGCUCAGGCUGUUCUGUCAACAAGCCCAGCAGAAGAUUAUUCUUAUAAGAAAUCCAUCAUCAACCUCUUCAAGAACAAGCCCUUCAUUUUGCUCCUCGUCACGUAUGGCAUAAUGACGGGAUCAUUCUACUCGGUGUCUACGCUUCUCAAUCAAAUGAUAAUCUAUUACCAUCCAAACCAAGAGUUAAAUGCAGGAAGAAUUGGCUUGACUUUGGUGGUGGCUGGAAUGGUGGGCUCCAUACUCUGUGGACUGUGGCUGGAUCGUACAAAAAUGUAUAAAAUGACAACAUUUGUUGUCUACUUUUUGUCAUUCACUGGUAUGCUGGUGUUCACAUUCACUCUGAACUUGAAACAAAUGUUCGUGGUCUUCUUCACCUCUGGAGUCAUGGGGUUUUUCAUGACCGGUUAUCUUCCCAUUGGCUUUGAAUUUGGUGUUGAAAUAACAUACCCCGAACCUGAGGGCACAUCCUCUGGUCUUCUGAACGCAUUUGCACAGGUGUUUGGCAUCAUUUUUACUCUCAUUCAAGGACAUCUGACCACGAAGUACAACCCACUCAUCGGGAACAUUUUCUUGUGUGCUUGGACUUUUCUGGGCAUCAUUUUAACAGCUUUGAUUAAAUCAGACCUGAAAAGACACAACGUCAACAUGGGCAACUUUAACAAAGACCAAGCAGUGCCUACUUUACCAACCGAUGUGAAGGAAUCCAGUGCUGUCAAACAAGAUUCCUCCAGCAUAUAAAUGUUUAUAAAUAGCACAUGAAAGAUUGCAACAACAGAUUAUGGACUCUCCUGCGACUACUUGAAAUUGUAUUUUUGCUGUAAUGUAAUAACUGUCCAUAAUGUACAAUUUUCAGUGAACAUUUCAAGAACUGUGGACCAAAUAUGGGAUGCUGAACAGGGUUGGUAAUGCCCAUAUGCACCAUACUGUUUGUGUGUUAAAAGCACAGUUUACAUCCAUGUGUGUUCUCUUUGUCUCAAAGGACCAGUCUGAAUGUGCCCCUCUGGUGAUCUGUUGUUCAUUUCUAAUAGCUACAAUUGCAUUCGAACACUAAUGCUAGUAACAGUUCUAGUCUAGAUUGCCAUGAAAGCUCAACUGAAAAUGCUGCACAGUGCAGUCCAUGGAAGAGCUUACUUGUGAAGGAGGAAAUCAUGAUUAACAACAAAACAUGGUGAAGUAAUUUCAAGCGCUUAAGCUACUAAACUACUUUUAAGAUGUUUCAGUGCAGAAAUGCAUUCAUAUCUUGUUUUCCUACCAAUAACAAAUACCAGGAUAAAAAUACUGGGCUUACUGGUUUAAGUAUAGCACAAUCCACCCAUGUGCACGAGAGUUUAAAGAACCUGUUCUCUUUAAAAAAAAAGAAAGUAACUUGUUUAGGUGCAGAUAGUGGUUUCGUUUGAGUGUGGUUGGAAAAAGCACUCUUGUUAUUUUAUUUUUAAACCUAUGAUAACCUUUGCUUUCUAUGACUAAUUUUUGUACUUUAAAUGUAUAUUUAUUAUGAAAUGUCUUUUUUUCAUUAAAGUCUUUUUAUAUUUAGUAAUUUUUGGUUUGAAUUUCUGCUGUUUCUGUACAGCAGCAGCUGUGUAACUGAUUGUCACAAAGGAUGCUGGGAAAUACUUACAUGUAAAAAAAACUCCUUGUAUUGAACGUUUCACUGGAGAUAAAUGUGUUUCCUGGUUCCAUCAUUGCUGUAAAUAAUAAAUAACUUGAAUUGAA